GGCCCACCGCGCUCUUUAGUAUCUUGCAGUGUGUCGUGCCCAGACAAGCGUGGUGCCCCCCGCUGUCAGCAGACGACCCAGCCCCGCCGCGGAUCGGCCAGGCGGUGGAGCUCUUCCCGCUGUCCGUCCCGCUGUCCGUCCGUCCCUGCUGCCGAGUCAGGCGGACAGGCGGCCGAGUGACCUUCCCUUCCGGCCAGGCCAGCCGUGCUGCUGUCGCACCGAGGCCGCGGCACAGUGGCAGUGGCCUACACCGAACCCGACCCCUUGCCCGGCCGACGAGCCCGCCCGCCGCCGCAGAGUACAGCCCCGAGAGCCGCCCCCGCCGCCCGUGGGCCGGGCUGACAGGGGUGUCCGGUGGUCGGCGCUCAGGCCGAGCCCAGCAGGCGCCUAUACCUACCUGCCGAGCGCGCGGUUCCCCCCGACUGAGCCCGCGCCGCCGCCGCCGUCCUCGCGUCCUUCGCGGGGGAUCACCACCUCCGUGAGUCUCCUGGGUCUUAUCUCAUCGCCCCGCGUGCGUCCGCAGCAUCCGCGGUGCUUCGGUCCCUCCUCCCUCUGCAGCCAGGCCGGCCGGCGAGACGAGAACGAGACGACUCCGUCAGACGUGGUGGCUGCCGCCGGCCCGGGCGGGGCCCGCCGGCCACACAUGGGGACGUCUCCAGUCCGCCGCGGACCGCCACGCCGAGCACAGCGCGGUAGCAGUAGCAGCGUGGCGUACCACCGCGACACGCGCACGCACGCCUGUUGACGAGGAGGAGGAGGAGGAAGAGGAGGAGGAAGAGAGGCGGCUGGCACGAGAUCGAAGAAGACAUUCUGUUUUAGUGGGCGGGCCAGGUGGCGCCUAUAUGCCCCACGACGCCGCAGGGCCCCUUAUAGUACGCCGCAGCAGGGGCUCCGCAGGACGCCGCAAGCAGGACUCAGCAGGACGCCGCAGAACGCCGCAGGGCAGGUCGUGGGCGAGGGCCGGGGGAGAUAGGCUCUCGGCACAACAGGCCGCAGCCGGGUUCGAUCCGGGAUCCGAUCAAGGUCGUCGCGAGCAGUGAGUUGGGCCGCGUCGUAACCGAAACGCUAUGAUGUCGCCGCCAGCAGCCGCGGCCUCCGCUCUACUGCCGCUGUUGCUGCUCGCACAGCUGAUCGCCGCCGGCCCCGGCCCCGCCACCCGCGCGCCGGGGGACGCGCCGCAGGGCCUCGAGCUGGUCGUCAUCCACACCAACGACAUGCACUCGCGCUACGACCAGACCAACAGGCUGUCCGGCCAGUGCACGGACGCGGACGCGGCGCGCGGCCGCUGCUACGGCGGGUACGCGCGCGUCGCGGCGCAGAUCCGGCGCGCGCGCCAGGAGGCGGCGGCGGGCGGGCCGGCCGCGCUCGUGCUCAACGCGGGCGACACCUACCAGGGCUUCUUCUUCAACGUCUUCAAGUGGCGCAUGGCCGCCAACCUGACGAACCUGCUCGAGUUCGACGCCAUGGCGCUGGGCAACCACGAGUUCGACGAGGGCGUGGCGGGCCUGCUGCCCUUCCUCCGGGAGGUGCGCGCGCCCGCCGUCGCCGCCAACUUGGACCUCGGCGACGCGCCCGAGCUGCGGCCGCUCGUCCGGCCCUCGAUCGUCCUGGACGUGCGCGGCACCAGGGUGGCCGUCAUCGGAUACGUAACCCCGGACACGGCGACGCUCGCCAAGCCGGAGCAGGUGCGCUUCACGGACGAGAUCCCGACGCUGACGGCCGAGGCGGAGCGGCUGCACGGCGAGGGCGUCCGCAUCAUCAUCGCUCUGGGCCACUCGGGCUACCCCAUGGACAAGGAGAUCGCCGCCAAGGUGCCGCACGUCGACCUGGUGGUGGGCGGGCACAGCCACUCGUUCCUCUACACAGGUGCCAAGCCGGACAUCGACGAGCCCGUCGGCCUGUACCCGACGUUCGUGCGCCAGCCGUCCGGAAGGGAGGUGCCCGUCGUGCAGGCGUACGCCUACACCAAGUACCUCGGCAGGAUCAAGAUUCGCUUCGACGCCGACGGCGAGAUCGCGUCCAGGGCGGACGUCCAGGGCCGUCCAAUCCUGCUGGACAGCAGCACGCUGCCGGACCCCGUGGUGCAACGCGAGGUGGCCGCCUGGAAGAGUCAGCUGGGCGCCGCCGUUACCACCCCCAUCGGCAGGACUCUCACCUUCCUAGACGGCAAGUGCAGGUCCAGGGAGUGCAAUUUGGGCAACCUCGUCGCAGACUCCUUCGUAAACUACAGAGCGCAGCAGUACCAGGGACCCGGCUGGACAGACGCAGCCAUCGGGGUUCAGAAUGGAGGAAACAUCAGGACCUCCAUUAACAACGAGGGCAACGGCACCCUGACGCUGCAGAAUAUGAUGGAGGCCUGUCCCUUCGAGAACUUCUUGGUGGUCCUGUACCUGCCGGGCAGUGUGCUCCUCCAGAUGCUCGAGCACAGCGUGUACGGCUACGACCCCACGGGCCAAUUCGAACGGGGCGGUUUCUUACAGUAUUCGGGCAUUCGCGUGACGUACGACCUGACCGCCCCCUACGGGCAGCGCGUGGUCGCGGCCUCCGCGCGCUGCGCCAACUGCUCCAUACCCAGCUACAGCCCCGUCGACGAGAAGGCCAUCUACGGCGUCAUCACCACCGACUUCACGGCCAACGGCGGCGACGGCUUCUCCAUGCUCACGACUGCGCCCAGCGCCCACCUAGCGGACAUCACGCCGUACACCGCCAUGGCGGAAUACAUCCGCGUCCAGUCCGUGGUGUACCCUGGCCUCGAAGGAAGGAUAAAGUUCGCGCCCAGGAGGACGGCAAGCGGUGCACUGGCGAUACACGGCGACAAAACACCUUUUGAAUGUCUUGCUUUAGCAAUUUUAGUAUCAUUUAUGUCUGUAAGAUUAUGGUAGUAUUUAAUUAGUGUUUAUGGUAUUAAAUUUUGUAUUAUAAACAUU